AUGUUGUCACAUGGGCAAGAAGGGGAUGAAAGGCACUGGCAGCACGUGCUGCAUCUCCUCGCUCACCCGAGCGAAGCUCAGCAGUUGGCUUGUCUGACAGAGCUGCAGCAGUGGCUGUCUUUUGCUACUGACGAGCACCUGGGCUCCUUCCCGCUGCAGCGGCUGGCUUGUCUGACGGAGCUGCAGCAGUGGCUGUCUUUUGCUACUGAUGAGCACCUGGGCUCCUUCCCGCUGCAGCGGGGUAUGGGCACCCAGAAGGACCUGUUGAUCGGCUCCUGCGUCUACUUGCUGCUGGACGUUCUCCCCAUGCAGACAGCAGCUGUUAUAGCUAGAACACACAAAGCCGUAGCUGCUGCUGCAGCAGAUACUGCAGCCAGGAAAUUCACCUUCUCCCAACAGCAGCAGCAGCAGCGCUCCCAGCAGCAGCAGCAGCAGCAGCAGCAGAGAGGAGCAGCGGAGCCUUCACGGCCUGCAGCAGGGGAGAGCGAAGGGGCUGAGGCUGGUGCUGCUGGUUCCACCAGCAGCAGCAGCAGCAGCAGCAGCAGCAGCAGCAACGACGAGAGCAGCAAGCUGCGGUCUGUGCAAGAGCAGCUGCAGCAGCUGCUGCAGCAGGAGAAGCAGCAGCACGAGGAGCUUGUUGAGCAGCUAGAGGAGUACCGCAGCCUUAUCAAUCCAACCCUCCCCUUCUUCUCUUCUCUUUUGUCUUAUAGGGACGAGGCUUUGCUGCAGGGUAUGGGCACCCAGAAGGACCUGUUGAUCGGCUCCUGCGUCUACUUGCUGCUGGACGUCCUCCCCAUGCAGACAGCAGCUGUUAUAGCUAGAACACCUGAAUAUAUGGAGGCUCUGAAGCACCAGCUAUCGCAUCUUCAGUAUAUAGACACGGGGGAGAAGUUUUUGCUUAUUCUUUGCCGUGUUAUAGAGGAGCAGCCGCUGCUGUCUUUCUUGUCUGGUGCUGCUGCUGCGCUGCUGCCGAUCAUAGAUUUCUUUCAACUCGAUAUACAACGCAAGGCUGUGAGAGCAGCAGCAAAAGCUCUUGCUGCUGCUGCUGCUGCCACAGACAAAGCCGUAGCUGCUGCUGCAGCAGACACUGCAGCCAGGAAAUUCACCUUCUCCCAACAGCAACAGCAGCAGCGCUCCCAGCAGCAGCAGCAGCAGCAGCAGCAGCCGCAGCAGAGAGGAGCAGCGGAACCUUCACGGGCUGCAGCAGGGGAGAGCGAAGGGGCUGAGGCUGGUGCUGCUGGUUCCACCAGCAGCAGCAGCAGCAGCAGCAGCAGCAGCAGCAACGACGAGAGCAGCAAGCUGCGGUCUGUGCAAGAGCAGCUGCAGCAGCUGCUGCAGCAGGAGAAGCAGCAGCACGAGGAGCUUGUUGAGCAGCUAGAGGAGUACCGCAGCCUUAUCAAUCCAACCCUCCCCUUCUUCUCUUCUCUUUUGUCUUAUAGGGACGAGGCUUUGCUGCAGGGGGCCUGUCAGAGUUGGCGUUCUACUUUGUCUAUUUUUGUCUGUAUGAACACUGCAGCAGCAGCUUCUGCUGCUGCAGUAGCUGGCCUUGAGUUAGCUGCUGCACGAGCAGCAGCAAUAGAUGGCGAUGGGAGCGUGGAGCUGGGCUCCUCAGAGCAGCAGCAGCAGCAGCAGCAGCAGCAGCAGCAGCAGCAGGAGCAGCAGCAGCAGGAGAAGGAUGACACUGAGUGGCUUUUAGUUUGUCAGAAGGCUUACGCCGACCGUAUGGAGAUGCUAGCUAGCGAGCUAGCUGCUUCAGGCUCAGCAGCAGCAGCAGCACUGCAGCAGCUAGUAGCUAGAACUGUUACGGAGUGCAGCAGCAGCGCUCUCGCGUGGCAGCAGCAACUCAUGCUGCAGGAUGCUUUGUAUGUUUUGUCUGUCUUUGCUGCCUACUCCGACAAGAUAGCAGCAGAACUGCUGCAGCAGCAAACACAAAAUACAGACUUUCAAGAAGCUGUCGAUAAGCUGGUCAAGAGACAGGAGAUGCUGCUGCUAGAGAGCGUGGCGGCGUUGGGUGUAUCUCUGCUCCCUGCCGUUCGCUUUAAGCUGCCGCUGCAGCAGCAACCAAAUGAAGUGCUGCAGGAGACAGCAGCAGCAGCAGCAGCAGCAACAGCAGCAGAUGUGCUGACAGUUGAUAUGAACCGAGCGGCUGUCUUCGCAGACUCUCCGGAGCUGCUUGGAAGGGCGCUGCAGUAA